GCAGCUGUGUUCCAAGCCGAAACAAAGUCAAUUUCAAUUUUCAAGAUGCGUACAUUUGUGGUGCUGUGCUCCCUCAUCUCUGCUACCUACGCAGGCAGUCUGGGUUAUAACUAUGGUCCAGCGAUCGAUGGCGGUCUGGGCGGUCUGAGUGGCGGUCCCAGCUAUGGCGGUAUCGCUCCCUCUGGGCCUAGCUAUGGUGGUCUUGGUGCUGCUGGCCCCAGUUACGGAGGUGUUGGUGCUGCUGGACCAAGCUACGGUGGUCUUGGUGCUGCAGGUCCCAGUUUUGGUGGUGUUGGUGCUGCUGGUCCCAGUUAUGGUGGCCCUGCUGCUGCUGGCCCCAGUUACAGCGGUCCAGUCGCCUCUGGUCCCAGCCACAGCGCCCCCGCUGAAGUCAACAAGGAAUUCUUCUCGUACACUGCUCCCGAACAUGAAUUCAAUGAUGUUGGUGACAGUGGUCCACUUGCUAACUCGCUGAAGAAGAACUUGCGUGUUGUCUUCAUCAAGGGACCUGAAAACACUGGACUUGAGAACGCCGCUGUGCAAUUGGCCAAAUCGGUCGGCGAGGAUCGUACCGCCAUCUAUGUGCUCAGCAAACAGGCUGAUAUCGGCGAUUUGGCUAACAAAUUGCAGUCUCUCAACCAUCAGCACACAAACAAACCCGAAGUGCACUUCGUGAAAUACAAGACCCCAGCUGAUGCGGAAAAUGCUCAACGCGCUAUCCAGUCGCAAUACGAUGGAUUGAAUGGUCCUUCUAGCAGCCAGAACGGUGGUAUUGCACCCGUGUUGGACUUCGCAUCGAAGGGACCUGCAUCAGCUGGACCAGCUGCCCAACAAUACGGUGGCGCACCAGUUGGUGGUGUCGAAAACACUUACCUGCCACCCAACAAACGCGUGUAAGAAUCUGAUAUGUUUACUUGUUUGGUUAAUGAGAUGAUUUUUUCUGUCAUUAGUUAAUUGUUACUUAUGUAAAUAUUUUAAUUAAGUUUUAAAGUUCCU